AGUUCAGCGCGCGGGCUUUGAAAGAAAAUGGCGGAGCUUCAAAAUGAAGUGACUGAAGGGUGUGAGGGUGACGAGAUGCAUUCUACGGUUACAGAGGAGGUUUCUCAAGGGAAUAAAAGGCCGUUAGACAGGACUCCAAGCCCUGAACCUCCUCCAAAGUCUCCUCGCACUUCAUCUCCCCAAACAUUCAUCCCACCUGUAGAAACAGAGAAUCCACCAGAUGGACAAAAGUCAAGCUGUGCUGAGGACAAUGUUAAAGAGGCAGUGGCAGAAGAUGUUGUCAUUGAUCUUAGCCCCCGCUCGCGUCGAAAAUCUUGGAGGAGGUCAACUAGAGGCAGGAGAUCACUCCCUGCCCUUCCUAGCGCCUCCCAGGCUCUGUGUAAAUCAAUCAGCAAAGAUUUACGUGAUGAGGAGAGGCUGGAAAAACUAAUGGAAGAUGCAAUGCAGCUUACAGUAAAGAGGCUACAAAACACUUUGUGUACUAUCCCUGGUGCUGACACGGCGUUGCUUCAGACACAAGUUGAUUCCCUGCAGACAGAAUGGAAAAGUCUGGCUGAAAACAUUAGUCAGGAAAAUCCACUUUUACUCUUCAGCGCUAACAGUGAUCCCGCCAUUCAGAACAUCAUUGAUCGAACGAAGGAGGCCAUCAGCAGGUUGCAGGCUGAGAGUUCAUCUUGGGAGUCCUUGCUGAAGAAACAUCGCAGUAAAGCAGAGGAAUUGGCCAAGCAAGUGGAGCAGGCACAGGAGAGAGGCAUGAUGCUGGACCCAUCCUGCCUCGCCCAGUCUUCUCAGAGCAAGCUUAUCCUGAAUAAACCAGAUUACCGUGCAGUGCUGUGUAGACAGCAGAGAGUCCUCAAUACAAUGGAGCUGGUGUUGGAUUCCCAAUUUAUGAUGGUAAAGGAACUCCUGUCCUUCCAAGAGCAGUCUCAGUUACUGGUGAAGGAGACCAGUGCCAGACUGGCUUGUAGUGCUGGAUUCCAGGCUCUUCCGGCCUCUCCGGUGAGACAGCUCCUAAAGAUGCCUCUGUCUACUACAUCAGUCUAGUUCUACUGGUAUGAUGUCGUGCAUGAGGCAGUAUUUUUCAGAGGCUGUCCAAGAUGUCAGUUUUAAAAAUAUAGUGUAUGCGUUUCAUGUUCAUAUAAACACUUCAAUCUCUUUGUUCUGUGAAAUAUCCAACAUGUAGCUUUUUUGUCAAAUAGUUGUAAGGCUAAUGCUGACAGACUUGUUUAUCUGUUUAAAUUGGACAGUGUCAUUAACAGGCAAUGACGCAAUGACGUUAUUAAAUGCAGUGCUAUGAAUGGUGAAUUUAAGUUAUGCAUGAUUUAAAUGGUUACAGUGUAAUAAAAAUAAAAACAGAGUGGUUUGAGGUCAGAUGAGCUGUUCUGGAGAAACUCGCCAUGUCAGAAUUGUUCACAGUGGUGGUGACAGGAACCAAACGUCUGUAGCGUUUAAAUGUCACUAAAAGGUCCUUUCCAGAAAGAUUUUUGCAUGAAGUGGAGAUGGAUAUGCUGCCUGAUGCCUGAGAUGUUGUUUUAUGAUAGGUUUGAGAGACAGUUUUGACCUUUUGUCUUUAGGCACUGUACAUAUUUAACACCACUUAACAUUAAAAACUUAAACGAUAUGUAUGUUCACUGGGUCAUUUUGGAUGGUAAGUAAAAUUGCUUUGUGUUGUAAAUAUAGCUAGGUUUCUGUCGCCACCACUGUAAAGAAAUCUGAGCAGUUAGGUUUCUAAGCAAUGUAUAAUUUCACCAUUGAGCCACUCUAAAUGGCAUUGUUUACUUUUUUCUUUUUCUUUUUUUUUUUUUAGACCUCAAUCCUUCAAUUAUGUAGAAAUGGAAAUUCCCCUUUAGAUAGACUGCUGAACACUAGAUGGCAGUGUUGUUAAUCGUUCAUAGUAAAACGUAAGCGUGCUGAUAUGUACUUAUUUGUGCCUUUUUCCUUUUUAUUUAUUUCUUUUUUUUUUUUUUUUUAAUAUCAGAAGUUUAAUUUGGUAAAAAAAACGUGUGUAGAUGUGAGAGAACUAGAGAUCAAAAUAUGGACAAGCAUUCUUUUUUUUAAAGUAAUACAAUUAAAAACAACUUUUUCUUUUAUCAUAAAUAGGCUUUCUGCUUUUAAUGUUUUUCUGAACACUGGACUGUUUAAAAUUAUUAUCUGUCUUAUUAGACAGAAUAAGCCUAGUACUAGACUAAAAAGGAUUUUCAUUUAAGAACCACCUUUGGAAACAUAAUUUGACUCAAGUCUAAGAUUAAUCCUUGUCCGUGGUCCUUUCACUCUGUAUACGUAUAAUGAAUUGAACUAUUAAUCCUCUUCAUUGACCUGUUUCCAGCUGUCCUGUUUAAUGCUGCUUCCUAAAGAUAUAAAUAAACUAGUCUUAUUUCUUCACUUGCUGUAGAGAAAACCUUGGUGCAUCUUCGGUAGCAGAAGAAGCCUGCAAUCCGAUCUUUAUUUCCCCAUUUUAAUGAAGACUGUGCUGUAGUGCUCCGUGUUCUCUCCGCCCAUUUGUAUCUCAUGACCAUUCUUUGGGCCUUAUCCCCCUCCCCCACUCCAAGCACACCACCCCCUCUCUUCUCCUCUCCGUAAUGCCGGGCCACUGAGGCAGAACGAAGCACUGACAUUGUGCCAGUGAUUCACACUCUGGCUUUUCAUUCACAUCUUCUCUCAUGCUCUCUCUCCUUCUUGCUUUGCAUCACCUCUGCUGAUCUGGCUGCUAAGUAUCGAGUUACAGCUGACAACUUGAGGUGUUUACUUCUCCUCUAAAACUACAGAACUCCAAGCAGAACGCUACAGAGGAGAAACCCGCAGCAUUAGUAGAAGUUAAGUGAGUGCAACAAGCUUGGCGUCUGGCUGAUAUAGCAAAGUAUGUACAACAAAGGAUAUUACAGUCUAAUAAUGAAAACUGGAUUUUUUUCACUCACAUAAUAUGAAAUAAUAGUUCAAUGUGUGACGUAAACAUUGUUAAAGUUUCCAAAUGUACCGUUUGCUCCCCAGUCCAUACACUCAUGUGGACAUAUAUGGUAAACUGUCUCUGUAUAUGUAAACUAAGCUGAAAAACUUGGUCAUGAAGACCAAGAAGGUCAUGAAGACCAGUGUGUUUACAUAUAUCCACCUAUUCAGCCUACAGUAAUUUGGCCCUGCCCAUUCACACUGAAGUUAUAAGGAGUGUUUCAGUCUGGUCUGCUUUUUGAAAGGCGCAGAACAGGGCAGCCAGUUAUUUACAUGUGUCAGUCUUAAAGGCACAGUAUCAAUAACAGCCUUUUUAAAUCUAAGGCAUAAAAAGAUGGAAAGUAAAUGUAAAUUCAUGUACAAAUGACUGGUUUCUGUGCAAAAACCCACACAAACUUAUAGAAGUGGAAUAAAAGACUACAGAAGGAAACCUGAGGUUUUUGAACAGUUAAAUGGGAAUUCUAACUUUUAUACAUUUCUGCAUAAUUAAAUUGUUGAGAUACAAAGUCACUCAGAGUGGUAUGAUGUGAAACUCCUUUUUAGAGAAACUUACCAAGCCAGAAUCGUUCCUCUGGUGGUGAUGGGGACCAGACGUCCAAAGCAUUUAAAAGGCCUGUAUCUUUAAAAAAAAAAAAAACAUCUUUCGGCUUUGUUGAAAUAAGACUUGAAU